AUGUAGUCCACCACACAGAACUCACCUCUCUGUUUUACACCAUAGCCUCAGGAUCAGAGUACUUACAACAUGAGACCCAGGAGGACAAGCUGAAGAGGGAGGCAUCAGCUGGUGAGCUUGUUAAAAUGGCAGAGUCCAACGUUGAUACUCAGUUUAAACUCACCUCAGAAGACAAGUGGUGGGCUGAUGUUGGUGAAGAGGUCACCCUCCCCUGUCACCUCUCACCUGACACCAGUGCUGUUGCCAUGACGAUCAGGUGGUUUAAAGAGACAGAGUGUAUUUACCUGUAUCAGAAUGGCCAGGUGACAGAGAGGAGUGGCUAUGAGGGCAGAGUGAGUCUGAUCACCCAGGAGCUGGAGAGAGGCAACGUGUCUCUGAGGUUGAGAGACUUCAGGGAGUCAGAUACAGGAGACUACAUAUGUCAGGUCAUCCAUGGAGAACAGAAGGAGGAGGCUGGAGUGUUUUUAUGGGUCAGAGAAGGUAAGUGUUCUAGAACUCCAGUAAUGUUUCUAAACACAUAAACAACAACAAUAACAACCAGUCUCUUUCCCUGUACAGAACACUUGUACUUUCUCAUGUAGGUAGGAGUUCAUAGUAGGAGUUACAGAUGAAUAGACUAGAUUCAUUCUGAAUAUCAACUAGUUACAAUGCAUAUUACCAUCACUCUGAGCUUUGAGCUGGUCCUAAAGCAUUAGAACCAUUCCAACAUUACUGUCACGUCCCUUGAUUGUCAUUAGUAAUGAAUGUGAUGAACACUCAUACCCCUCUGAUGUAUAUCACAUCACUAUGGGAUUUGAGAGGAUCAUGUGACAGAUGGUGAUUUGAAGGUAAUGAUAAUAACUAUUACAUUCUGUUUUACAUGAUCAUUAUUCAUGACUCUCCAUCUUGGAUAAUGGAUGAUAAGCAUUUGUUGAGUAAUUACUGAUGUCUUUUUCUCAAUGAGAUAAAUAACAUCUCAAUAAGUCUUAAAUCAUCACGGUAUACAUCACUCUAAAACUAAUGAAAUACCGUAUGCAAAAUAGUUGUAGCAGUUAGUCAAUCGGUCAGUCAGACCUUCCAAUCCGCCAACAGAUCUCCAGCAGAGAACAACUGAGAUGUUUAGUCUAAAGGAAGCAGUGAGUGGAUCCGAUCCUGGUUAAACUUGCGACUAGGCUACAAAGCACACUUUUAAAUACAACAAAACAAACGGAGUAAAGACGAUUCAGAACUGAGGGUUGAACACAUCCUCAUUUGCGUCUCCAUAACAACCCCACUUUUGAGCAGCUGAUGCUAUUUAAUAUGUAAUUAAAGGGGAAGCGCCCUAUUGGAAGGAGAAUCACUGAGACGGUUCAGACAAAUUCAGGGCGUCAAAAGACAUUCUCAGACUGCUCACAUAGUAGUGCUGCUUACAUCCCUUUCCCUAGAUGUACAUUAGUAAGGAAUGUGAUGGACAGUCAUAUCAAUAUGAUGUAUGGUAUUUCAUUAAAUUAUGUAAUGAGACAGAAAUUCAAUGAACAAUAAUAACUAAUGUAUUCUGUUUUACAUGAUCAUUAUUCAUGACUCUCCUUCUUGGAUAAUGGAUGAUCAGCAAGAA